UCUGGACCUCCACACAAACCCUGAUGACUCGGAGGAGGAGACGGUCCUGUCCCCCAUUUCAGGAGGCUCCACCUCCCCGUCCAAUCAGAGAGACUCAAACAAGUCCAGCGUGGGUCAGGGAGGUCAGGCCUCAUCACGUGGUCACCUGUCCUCAUGCUCUGCCAUCAUGGCAACCGACCAGUUAGCACUGAAGCCUGUGGCGUCCGAAGCCGGCAACAGCACAAGUAAGAUCAAGGAGGACGUUGCUGCUGCCCGCAAGGAACAGCAGAGGGCAGUGUUAGCUGAGAAGGCAGAGCGACGAAGGCAAGAGGUGGAGAGGAAGAGGAGAGAGAGGGAGGAAGAGAGGAGGAGGCAACAGGGGAGAGAGGACAGGGAGGAGAAGAUGAAGAUGGAGCUGGAUGAGGAGAAGAGACAGAGAGCUGAGGAGCUCAGACUGAAAAGACUUGAGGAAGAGGAGGAGGGAAAACGACGCGCAGAGGAGGAGAUGGAGCGAAUGAGACGGGAGCAAGAGGAGGCUGAGAGGGACAGGAGGAGAAAGGAGGAGAAGAAGCGACAGCUGGAGCGUCUUCAGAGGAUGAGACAGGAGGAGGAGGAGCGCCGGGCGGCUGAAAUGGAGCUGCAGAGACUGGAAAAGGAGAGGAAGAGAGAAGACGAGAGAAAGAUGCUGCUGGAGAUGGAGGAGGGUGAGAAAAUUGAGUACCUGCGCAGACAAAAGGAGGAAGUUGAAGAGAGAAGAAGAGUGGAGGAGGAGAGGAGGAAAAGAGAACAUGAAGCUGCCCUCUGGGCAAGGGAGCAGGCUAAACUUCAAGCCGAGCUCCUGGCCAGGCAGCAGGCAGCUCUGGAACAGCAGCUUCGCUUCAGACGGGGUCUCCUAGUGGAAGCAGAGGCUCUGGGCCAGACGCAGGACAUCUCCAGACCCUGGGUCUACUCCUACUUCACCCUCCUGCACCUCCUGGGCCUCUCAGACCCAAUCUCAGACGCCUCCACCACCCAGGCAGACCCCACCAAAGAGAUGGCAUAAGUUGCAGAGGAAGUGGUUUGUAUCCCUGUAAGAUACAUACUAUGUGGGUUUUAGGGCCUCUUAUAGGCUUUUAAUUUCCUACAGAUGCACUUACAUUACAGCUUUUCUAAAUGUGAAAUCACACACUUCUACCACUUUUACAUUUUGAAGACUAGAUAGCAUCGCUAGUGAAGAAUAUUGUAUUUUAUCGUAAAUAAAGUGUUAAAUGUGCCUUGCUAAAACAUACUAGGUAUCCUGUGAAAGGAGAUGUAAAUGUGUGGGGUUUUAAUCAGUUUUAUUAAAAACGACUGGUGCAGU